AUGAUCAUUUUCACAGCUGCUGAACAUUACAUUUGUGGUGAUGAGCAAUCGAUUUGGGAACGCUACGCACAAAAUGCCCGUACGCCCGCAAGUGCAGUUGCAAACCACAAUGAUGUCAGAUUCUACUUUGGUGGCUACAAGUUGACUGUCCUGCUGGAAGGUAAAGACCCCCUCUGGAAGCAUGACCUUAGACAUUAUGGGAGGAUUACAAGGAGGGCGAAAUGGGAAAACCGAUUUGACUUGCUCUUGGAAUGUUUCCGCGUCAAAUUGCCUCCUACAGCAUCACUUCAAAAUGCGUUACGGCUUCCUUACACAUACGAUAGCACUAUAUUCCUCAAGCAGGAUGUUCCACCCGGAGGGAAGGACUCAGUAUUAUAUCACACCGCCCAGAGAAGCAACCAGUUCUCUAGGGAGUCAUAA